AUGUGGGACCCCGACGAGAUCGUUGAAGCAGCAGCAGAAGUGGACGCAGCAGCAGCCCGCGACUCAGUGAAAGCAGUAGCGAAGGCGAAUGAGUCUAAAGCAGCAGCAGUUGAGGAGGACGCUGCAGCAGCGCAAGCUGCAUCUGCUCCCGCUGCUGCUGCAGCAGAAGCAGCAGCAGCAACAGCAGCAGCAGCAACGGGAGAGGGUGGACCGCCUUCAUCCUGCCAGCCUUCAUUUGCCGACUUUUCGAGUCCUUCCUUAGCCGGUGCGCUGCCGGCUGCAGGCGCAGCAGCCCGCGGAGCAGCAAGAAAGGCAGCAGCAGCAGCAGCAGGUGGCCGCAUCCGUUUGCUGCCGGAUGACGUCGUGCGGCGCAUAGCAGCAGGAGAGGUGGUGACGCGGCCUUCUGCUGCUCUGAAGGAGCUGCUGGAGAACAGCUUGGACGCGGGGGCCCUUCGGGUGUCUGUACACUGCGUGGGGGGCGGGCUGCGGCUGCUGCAGGUGGCGGACGACGGCUGCGGGAUUGCUGCAGCAGACCUGCCGCUGCUGUGCGCCCGGCACUGCACCAGCAAGCUGCAGCAGCUGCAGCAGCUGCAGCACCUGCAGUCCUUUGGCUUCAGGGGAGAGGCCCUAGCAGCACUUUCUCUCGUUUCGAAGCUUUCGGUGUCGACGAAGGAGGGGGGGGCCCCCCACGGGCUGAGCUGUACGUACACCACAGGAGUCCUCGCUGAAGACCCCACGCCGCUCGCCAGAGCUCGGGGCACAACAAUAAAAGCAACAGAUUUGUUUUAUUGCCUUCCUGUGCGUCGGCGGGCCUUUCUUUCGUCUGCUGUGGCGGGGGGCGGCGGAGGCGCAGCAGCAGCAGCAGCAGGAACAGAUGAGUACUUGAAAUGCCUGCAGGUCGUUGGCCGCUACGCCCUCAACAACCCCCACGUUGCUUUUGUUAUGCGGAGGCAGCAGCAGCAGCUGCCAGACAUCAACACAACAGCAUUUGGGCUUUCAGAGGCCAGAAAGCUGCUGCAGCAGCACAAAAAGCAGCAGCAGCUGCAGGAUGGCGACAGCAGCAGCAGCAGCAGCGGCGAGUUGACCUGCAGCUGCUGCUGCACAGAGGAUAAAGAAAGAGUGCCUACUGCUGCAGAGCUGCGGCUGCUGCGGGGUAUUGCGCUGCUGCAGGGAGGAGGACUCAGAGUAAUUGAAAAGCUUCAUGGGGAAGCAACCAGCAGCACUUUGCUGCCCAUACACCUCAAGGGGCGGCUUCCUGCAGCAGCUCUGAACUUCCUUCGCAGUGGGAAGCAGCAGGAGCAGCAGGAGCAGCAAGAUUGCCAGCAGCAGCAGCCGGCAGGCGAAGGCGAAGCGGUUGCAGAAGCUGCUGCAGAGAGUAGUAGCGGAGACAGCAGCAGCAGCAGCAGCAGCGAAAGUGUUUGUCCAUUAUUGCGCGAGUUGGCCUCCCUGCUGUCUGCUGCGGCUGACGGCUGUGCUGGUGCUGCUGCAGCGGGUACGCUCGCAGCAGCGGGUGCGUCUGCUGCUGCAGUAGCAGCAGCUGCUGCUGCCGAGUUAUAUUUGACAGAUAUUAAUGAGGGCGAAUGGCGAGUGUCAGGACUUGUUUCUGCAGCUAACAGGGGACAAAAGAAAGCCUCAUUUUGCUUAUUUAUUAACUCAAGGCUUGUUGACUGCCCUGCGCUCAAGCGCUGCGUCGACGGGGUAUACGGGCAGCUAAUGCCGAAGGGCCAGAGGCCGUGGGUAUAUUUAUCUCUAGAGCUGCCCUCUCCUCUGGUAGAUGUUAAUGUGCAUCCCAGCAAAAGCCAAGUUCGUUUUCUGCACGAGGAAGUCAUUGCUGAGGCCAUAGCUCAGGCCCUCAUGGAGAUGCUCAGCGGGCAAACAUCCUCAGAAGCCUUGCUGUUGCAGGAGCCGGCCGUUGCUGAAUCUAAGCUAAAGCAGCAGCACCUCGUGCUCGUGUCUCCUGACGGUAAGACGCAGGAGCAGGCCGAAGGAGAUACUACGAAUAAACACAGAAGCAGCGGAAGCAGCAGCAGCAGCAGCGGCAGCAAGCCUGCUUUGAAGCCCACUCGGACGAGGACAGACGCGCGACAGCUUCCCCUGAGCGCCUUCUGGCAGCAUAACUUCCAUUCGCAGAAGCCACAGCAGCUGGGGCAGCAGGAGCAGCAGCUUAUUCCGUACAGCAGCAUCAGCAACACCACGACUGCUGCGCCAUUGAAGGAAGGUCCGGGAGACCAAGUGCAGCUGCCCGAUGAGCAGCAGCAGCAGCAGCAGCAGCAGCUGGAGCAAGACUGUUCUGAUGGCAUACCAUCGCAACACCCGGAGCAGCAGCAAGAGCAUCAGCAGCAAGAGCAACAGCAGCAAGAGCAUCAGCAGCAAGAGCAGCAGCAGCAAGAGCAUCAGCAGCACGAGCAGCAGCAGCAAAAGCAGCAGCAGCCAGAGCAGAGCCCUGCUGCUGCAGAACCAGCAGCAACGCAAGCAAGCAUCCAGCCGCAGUCAGUGCUGCGGCUGUUUGAUGAGAGAGCAAAUGGCGGACAUGUUCUAGACAGGGUUGCCCCCUGCAGCAGCAGCAGUAGCAGACGGACAGACGCGGGGCGGCUUCGCAGCGUCCGGCAGCUGCUGAAGCGCUGCGCAGCAGCAGCAGGAGUGGAGGCCGCAGACAGCAGCAGCAGCAGCAGCAGCAGCAACCGAGACAGCGCGACGGCCCUGCAGGGCUGCACAUACGUGGGGGCAAUCAACUCCAAGAUGGCGUUGCUGCAGAAGGGAGACAGUCUUCUUCUCGUGAACCUCCCGGCCGUGGCGAGAGAGUGUGUCUACCAGUCUGUUCUCCGGCGGCUAGGCAGGCUGCCCGUAGUCAGGCUGCAGGUGCCCUCGAAGCUAGAAGCAGCUCUCUGUGCUGCCCUGAGGGAGCAGCAGUGCCAAGGCGAGCCAGAGCAGCAGCAGCAGCAGCAGCAGCAGCAGCAGCAGCAGCGGGAGACGGCUCGACAGCACUGCGCAGUGCUGCUGCAGCGCCGCGCGCUGCUGGCGGAUUACUUCGGUCUCGUGCUGACACGAGAUGGCUGCCUAGUGGGGCUGCCUCUCUGCUGCGGCCGCCAUUUGCCUUCGCCUCUGCUGCUAGGGUCCUUGCUGCUGCGGCUAGCCACAGAGGUAGACUGGUCCGAAGAAAUUGUUUGCCUCCACGGCAUCGCGUUCUUGCUGGCAGAGGCCUACACCACAGUAGACGACUCUUCUGCUGCAGUUCCAGCAGAAGCUACUGCUGCUGCUGAAGAGGCUUCCGCGGAGUCGAACGAGCACGCCAGGCAGCAACUGUUGCUGCGCUAG